GGCGGGGCUUCGGCGGCGCCCGGUGUCGCCGUGGCAGCGAAGACCGCUCCGGGCCGGGCGGGGGAGGGGAGACCUGGAGGGACUCGCCGGCCCGGCGCCGAGGGACAGGAGUCCGAGGAGAAGUCGGAAUGGCCCAGGAGAUCCUCGGAGAGGCAGGCCUGCAUUUUGAUGAGCUGAACAAACUGAGGGUGUUGGACCCGGAGGUUGCUCAGCAAACGGUUGAACUGAAAGAAGAAUGCAGAGUUUUUGUGGACAAAAUCGCAGAAUUUAAAAAAAUAGUGGGCAGCCUCAUUGAACUUGUUGAUCAACUUUCAAAAACGACGGAAAGCGAGAAGAUUAAGGCGAUCGGCGCCCGGAACUUGCUGAAGUCUAUCGCCAAGCAAAGAGAGGCUCAGCAGCAACAGCUCCAGGCCUUGAUCGCGGAAAAGACCACGCAGCUCGAAAGGUACCGGGUCGAGUACCAAACACUAUGCAAAAUAGAAGCGGACCAAACCGAAUUCAUUGACCAGUUCAUCUUCCAGAAGUAGCAGGAGGAUUUGAAGCCAGACAGCCACGGACCAAGGAACCUUGCGGUGGAAAUGAUCAGCUAGUUCUGUGUUUAUGCACUCCCCUUUCUCUUUUCCAUGAAAGCAAAUUCCAAGGGAAAUAAACACUGUUUUUUUUCCUUUUUCCA